UUUCAAGUUGUCAUCCAACAAACCAAAUGCUAACGGCCGAAUGUGAUGCUCGUGUGUUCUUUUUCUUUUCGCUCCUUUUUUGCGUCGUUGUCAUUGCAGUGAAAGUGUUUCAUUUGAAAAUUAACUUAGUGAUCGCGAUCGCAAGUAUACCUACUAAAAUAAUGGAAGAGGAUACAGAAAACAUAUUGGUAUCCUGGGAUGUGCCGUCAGAAGUCGUCGAGAACUUCAAAACAACAUCAAACCAGAAGAGUUCAAUUUGCUAGCUGCAAAAAUUGUUUCUCUUUUCCCAACUGAAAGUAUAUAUAUCUACUAUAUGAAAGCUGUGCCAACAUGCAAAUCUGCUUCAAGAAAAUAUGUGCCCGCUAAAGGCAAAUUAGUGGACAAGGUUCGAAAUCUCCUGUACAUAUCAGGAGCAAAGCGCAGGAGCAUUAAAUCCACUUGCUCUAAUAAGGAUUCGGAUACAGAUGUAGAGUCUGUGGAAAAUAAUCAAGAGACUGCCUCAAAUGACGACGCUAUUUGGCUGAAACAUAACAAUGAGCCAUGGGACCAAGUUUGUGAAAGGUGGAAUAACACCUUUGAAUUAAGACACAAACAAAAAUUUGAAACUGUACAUGAUUUUCUCGAAACCUGGGCCAUUUUAAAAGACGGCAAAGCAGAUACUCUGAUACUUUUGGAUUUUGAGAAACAGUUUAAAGAGAAGUCGCUUAACUUCUUUAAAAACUGGGAACUAUUUUUCUCGAAACUUUUGAAGCUUAGAGAAAGUGUCGUGACAAAUGAUAAUGCAAAAGCAUUAAUUGAAGGAUUAGGGAAUAUCAUUGACGAUGACAAAAAAAUUCCGGUGCAGAUUUACCUGCUAGGUUUUUUAAUACCACCCAAAGGCCGAAAAUCUAGGAAAGUCAAGUUCUCAACCACUGAAUCAAUCCAGGGCUUAUUAGUUCAGAUAGAUGACGCCGGAGAUAUCGACAGCGUAAUCGCAGCCCAGAAAGCUAAGGCUGCAGCCCGGAAGGAUACCGUUCAACCCUUCGUGCUCAUACAAGGACCGCUACAAAACUUCGCCCAGAUAUACAUCGUUAUUGAUGAUAUCAAAUACCACGUGCAUUCAGCUGCAAAGGCGUUCGACUUAUUGUUUAAGAUUUAUCACGUUUUCCACGCCAAGUAUCCCCAAGUGUGUGAGCACCUCCACAUAAUUAUUCAAAAAAAGUGUAUCAAAUCCAUACAGCGUAUGAUACAGUACCACCGUAUAUAGUUGACGUUUUAAACUUAGAUGUGUAAAAUUUGGUCUUCGUUUUUUAUAAAAGUUCUUGAAAUGUAAAAAUAUACUAAGGUAUAGAAAUUUCUUUGGUCUUAUGUACCCACUUAAAAAGUAUUUCAUUGUGUA